AACAAUAACUUCAUUGGCUUGUCUUUCAGGUGGCCAAGUGUUUCCCACAGGCAUGUCAUUGUGGAUCAUUCGUUUGUUAUUUCUGUUGAAACUACAAAUAUGAGAGUCGAUCAGCUCGCUCCAGCUCAUUGUGAAGUUUUAUGUUGUCAGUGUGUCUCAGUUGUGAGGAUUUGCUGCUGCUUUUCGCCGUUUUAUAUAAUUGUAAACUGAAUAUCUUUAGAUUGUGGACUAUUGGACAGACAUUACAAGAAACAUUGCAAGUGGUGAGGGCCCAGAGUUUCUUCAGACAUGUCCGUGAGGGAGUCCUUUAACCCCGAAAGCUAUGAGCUGGACAAGAACUUCAGGCUCACACGCUUUGCUGAGCUCAAGGGCACAGGCUGCAAGGUGCCGCAAGAUGUGUUACAGAAGCUGCUAGAAACCCUACAGGAGAACCACUAUCAAGAAGAUGAACAGUUCCUGGGGGCAGUUAUGCCUCGAUUAGGCAUAGGUAUGGACACCUGUGUGAUACCUCUCAGACAUGGAGGCCUUUCUCUGGUCCAGACUACAGAUUACAUCUAUCCUAUUGUGGAUGACCCCUACAUGAUGGGGAGAAUUGCUUGUGCCAAUGUUCUAAGUGACCUGUACGCCAUGGGAGUGACAGAGUGUGACAACAUGUUGAUGCUCCUGGGAGUCAGCAACAAAAUGUCAGAGAAGGAGAGAGACAAAGUCAUGCCACUGAUCAUCCAGGGAUUCAAGGAUGCUUCAGAGGAGGCAGGCACAUCUGUAACAGGAGGACAGACGGUGCUCAACCCCUGGGUGGUGAUGGGAGGAGUUGCUACAACAGUCUGCCAGCCUAACGAAUUUAUCAUGCCAGACAAUGCAGUGCCAGGAGACGUGUUGGUGUUGACCAAGCCACUUGGAACGCAAGUGGCCGUUGCAGUACACCAGUGGCUAGAUAUUCCUGAGAAGUGGAACAAGAUCAAGCUGGUGGUAACCCAGGAAGAUGUAGAGCUGGCCUACCAUGAAGCCAUGAUGAACAUGGCUCGGCUCAACAGGACAGCGGCUGGUCUCAUGCACACCUUCAAUGCCCACGCAGCCACCGACAUCACAGGUUUUGGCAUCCUUGGCCAUGCUCAGACAUUGGCACGACAACAACGAAGUGAAGUGUCAUUUGUCAUCCACAACCUCCCAGUGCUGGCCAAGAUGGCUGCAGUGUCCAAGGCCUGUGGGAACAUGUUUGGUCUCAUGCACGGCACCUGUCCUGAAACAUCAGGAGGCCUGCUUAUCUGUCUGCCCCGGGAGCAGGCUGCCCGCUUCUGUGCCGAGAUCAAAUCUCCAAAAUAUGGAGAGGGCCACCAAGCGUGGAUCAUCGGGAUCGUAGAGAAAGGAAACCGCACUGCUCGCAUCAUUGACAAACCUCGGAUCAUAGAGGUAGCACCACAAGCUGCCACGCAGAAUGUCAACCCAACUCCUGGUGCAACCUCUUAAUCCUCACUGGCUGAAUCAUAGACCGGAACCCAAAAGCUCUGUUGAGUGAUUUUAGACACAUAAACUACAAAACCAUCCUAGAGUGUUGAAAUAUAUACACAAUAUAGUACGUACACAGAAAAGACUGGGUUGGCGUGUAUCUACAUGAAAAACAGCACACACACCACACAGUGGCCCGGGGAGCAUGUCACCACCCAGUGGACUCAACCUGCAGUAUCCCCAUGAUAAAAAUUGGUAAGAAAUAGAGCAUACUUAAAAUCCAUAUGCCUUUUGUGUCUGUUGUAUUCUGUUAUGUUAAAUGUGCUUGACUGGCAGGCAGCUUCUGGUGAGCGAGUGAUGAAGACAAUAAUCUGAUACUGUUGAUUCAUUUUGAAUCUUAGGAAGUCUGGAGUCUGUUGCCUCUUUUAAAGUUGUUCUCAUAAGCAACAUCAAGGUGAUGUGAUGGUGUUUUUUGUUUGUCCAUUCACUUUGUACAGUUAUAAAGCCUAGUAUUAGUUCAUUGCUGUAACUGAUGCCUUGAAAGAAACUGAGUGUGACCAGAAUGGUUUGUUUUUUAUUACUUUGACUUUUUGUAAUGUCCCCACAUAAACUAAUAAAUAUUCAAAUAGAAGACGGCUUGUUCUCGCUGUUUGGGAGCUGCAGUCAUGUGAAUGAACUAGGUCAAAAUGACAUUAUCUAUUUACAUCAUAUAACUGCAGAUUGAUUGUUAACAUAAACAGCUGAUGCAAGUCAUAAAUGAAUCACGGUUUAAAGUCAUAGAUGAGAAGAAAUGACCAUAGCCCUCAGGAGAUGGACCCUCUACCAUCUGCAUUCCCAAUAACAAUCAGAAUUGUGCAACUGUAUAAAAGGGAAAAAAAGUUUGUCAGUCUGCAAUUGCCCUAAUCUGUGAGCUUGCUGCCUGUUGCCUUUGCUCAGGAUCUGGUGCAUUUAGUUUUGCUUUCUCAAUGUUGCCGUAAAUGUACUGAGAGAAAUCUGACUUAGUGUCAAGAAGCUUCCAGCUGAUCAAAGUCCAGAUCAUUUUUGUUUAUCCUAAUAGCAGGAAUGAAUCUGGAAGGCCUCUGUAAAUGUUCUUAUGGAUAUCAGGAACAAAACAUAACCU